AUGCUUCAACAUGGGGCGCAGCAGAUACAGAGACAGCACGGUGCCUCGCAUGCCCUAUCAGAAAUUCCGAGGGGAUACGCCCGAGAGGUUCAGCGGAAGGCUUUGAUUCUCGAUAGUCUUGUGAACGGAUACACUCCAACUGAUGAGGUUCUCCAUUUCUUGAAUAGGGUUGGCAAUCUGGGACCAAGAAAGUUUCUCCUGGCCGUAACCUCUCAUUUCACAAAAGAGCAUGUAAAAUUCAACGAUUCGGAGAGUAUGCGAUAUGUUCCGCAGGCGGAUGGGUUCAUGAGAACGCCUGACUUGGAAACUCUCGAACAAAAAGUGGAAAAGAGAAGGCAGAAGCGUAGCCGUGUGCUUAGAUUAUGGGCCGCUUUGAGUCGUUUCCAGGGACGAAUGCAAGAAUAUCAGCCGCUAUUGGGGGCAACCUCGAGAGGUCCGUUUGUUCUGAAGCAGAGAACAAGUGCCGUUUGUUACCGAUCACAGCCACAUAUGGUUAAGUUUCACUGUAAACCUCUUACAUAUGAGAUCGAGACCGAGAUCUCGAUCGCAUAUGUAAAAGUACAUCAGACCGAGUCUAGGGCCGUGACAACUGCACUGGCACGAGCUCAAUCGCGUGAGAUCGUGCCACUGCAUUUAGCUAUAGGUGGUCACUGUGCAGCAGAAAAAAAAGAGAAAAACAGCAUUUUGGAUCCAGCAACUAAAAACGGCGCUAUCCGCAUCACUCCACCCACCGGAUGCGCCACAUUUUUUGUGUAG